GGUAUUUGAAUAUCACCAACUGCCUGUCUGUCGCCCGACUCCAUCCCGAUCAGUAAGAUGAAGUUCAGUAGGUUGUAAAUGUGGCGAGGGGGGCGGACACAGCGGGACUCUCCUCUGCUGUCCUGCGGUAACAUUGUUGUGGAACGACGUCACAGCUCGAAAAUGAAGGCACAGAGGCAGCCAUUACUGGAGCUUCUCUAAUUAUUUUAUUCCAAAUAAAUACUCGCGGAAAACUCCCAUGGCAAGAGCCACAAGUCAGCUGUAUGAUGUUGUGCCCAUUCAGCCCAGUGUUGUCAUCUGUUCCUGCUCGCAUCCAUCAAUGGUAAGAAACCACCCUGACUCCUGCUCGCCACUUGCUAUCCCAGGCGCAAGCAGUAGCCACUGUCCCAGCAUGGAAGGGUCAGCAUCAGGGGCCCGUGCUGUAGGAGCGUCUGCCAGCAGCCAGGGCUCAGAGCUGCGCACACAGCCGGCUGUCCAGGCCCCUCAACCACGCAAAAAGAAGCCGGAGGACUUCAAAUUUGGCAAGAUUCUGGGAGAGGGCUCGUUCUCUACGGUUGUCCUGGCAAGAGAGCAGGUAACAGGAAAGGAAUAUGCAAUUAAGAUUUUAGAGAAGCGCCAUAUUAUGAAGGAGAACAAAGCCCAGUACGUGAAAAGAGAAAGGGAUUUGAUGUCAGACCUAGAUCACCCAUUCUUCGUCAAGCUUUACUUCACAUUUCAAGAUGAUGAGAAGUUGUAUUUUGGUCUCAGCUACGCUAAAAAUGGAGAACUUCUGAAAUACAUUCGCAAAAUUGGUUCAUUUGAUGAAACCUGUACUAGAUUCUACUCUGCUGAAAUAGUUUGUGCUCUAGAAUACUUACACAAGAAGGGGAUAAUACACAGAGACCUGAAACCAGAGAAUAUUCUUCUGAGUGAAGAGAUGCACAUCCAGAUAACAGAUUUUGGGACAGCAAAGCAGUUAUCAUCAGACAGUAAGCAAGCAAGAGCAAACUCCUUUGUAGGGACAGCGCAGUACGUGUCUCCAGAGCUGCUAACAGAGAAAUCAGCCUGCAAGAGCUCUGACCUUUGGGCUUUGGGAUGUAUUAUCUAUCAGCUGGUGGCUGGUUUACCACCAUUCAGAGCUGGAAACGAGUACCUAAUAUUUCAGAAGAUAAUAAAGCUGGAAUAUGAAUUUCCAGAAAAAUUCUUCCCCAAAGCCAAGGAACUUGUCAGACAGCUUUUGUCACUGGACCCCUCUAAGCGGCUUGGUUGUGAGGAGAUGGGAGGAUACGACCCUUUGAAGCAGCACCCUUUCUUUGACACAAUCUCAUGGAGUGACCUUCACCUACAGACACCCCCGAAACUCACCCCCUACCUGCCAGCCAUGUCUGAGGAUGAUGAGGACUGCUAUGGAAAUUACGAUGACCUCCUGAGCCAAUUCAGCAACAUGCAGGUGGCCCAGUCCAGCUCGUCACACUCCCUGUCGCCACACGAGUCUACACCCCCUCAGAGGUCCAGCAGUAACAUUGAGCAGUACAUCCACGACCUUGACAACAACUCCUUUGAGCUGGACCUGCAGUUUACUGAAGAGGAGAAGCAGCUAUUGCUGGACAAACAAACCACUGGAAAUCCUUGGCACCAGUUUGUUGAGAAUAACCUGAUCCUGAAAAUGGGCCCAGUGGAUAAACGAAAGGGUCUGUUUGCUCGGCGGAGACAGCUGCUUCUUACUGAAGGACCACACCUGUACUAUGUGGAUCCUGUCAACAAGGUCCUAAAAGGGGAGAUUCCUUGGUCCCUAGAGCUACGCCCCGAGGCCAAGAACUUCAAAACCUUCUUUGUUCACACGCCUAACCGAACAUAUUAUUUGAUGGACCCCAGCGGAAAUGCUGACAGAUGGUGCAAGAAGAUCCAGGAAGUGUGGAGAAAGAUCUAUCAACGGCACCAAAACCCAGGCCUAUAGGAGUACAGUUCCUCCUAUGGCCACUCCUCCUUAGCUCUGAGGCCAAUCACUGAGCAGAGUAACACCCUCUUUAGUGCCCUUCAUCACCGCAAUGUAAACAAACUCUUAGAGACGCUGGCAUCUAGACCUUGUUUGUUUUCCUGAGUAGAACCAUGGGAAAAAUACAACUUUGGAUUCAGGGUUGCUUUGCUUGUUCUUUGUGCUCUCUGUGAGGCUUCUAUUGCAUUUUUUCCAUGUAUGGAUGAUAAGACUGCCACCAUGCACAUCUGAUUUUUGUACAUUCUGCAGGGGAAUGAGAAGGGCAAACUUGUCUGUAGAGUGGCACAAGCUUGGGUACCGCUAGGACUAUCUUGAAUGCAAGGACUGGUUUCCUGCUUCUGUGAUACCAUAACACAAAAUCUAGCUUUUGUGAAACAGAGCCCAUCCUGAUAUCUUAAUUCAACCAUAUCCUAAUCCUACAUCAUAUGUACAAGCUGUAGUCAGGCCCCACAUCUAGUGCAUAUACUCCAUAGUUGUAACAGAUACUGUAUGCUGAUUCAGUCUCACACAUUUACACACACACACAUAUAUUUGUAUAUGUGUGUGUGUUUGUGCGUGUGUGUGUGCAGUCCAAUUAAAGUUGAGAUGCAACAAGGCAGAGUCCCAUCUGCAGUAAAACCUGGGUCUGAAUCAGUCUCAGUAUGAGGCAACCUUCAUGGCCGUUACUGAGGAUGUAUCGCUAACGGGGCAAGUAAACAUGCCACUAGCUUGUACUUCCUAAACAUAACUUGCUUAUCUUUCCUGCAUGACCAGUUUUGUAGCUCAGCCUUGUCCGCUUUCCUCUCCUAGGGCACUGGAGAAUAUAGUUUAUUCAUGUUUAAAGGUGGGUAUUUUUGAACACAACCAUUGCGAAUAAUAUUGGAUGAUUUGGCUGUUCUGUACCAUUCACUGGCUAUUUCUUUGUGGUGUGAUUUCUUCACUUUUUCUUUUUGUUCCUUUUUUUUUUCUUUUUUUUUUUUUUGGUGGGAUAGUCGGCUCAUAUUCAGUACGUCCUAUUGAAAAUAUCUUAUGUGCUGACAACCCCAUGCUGAACAGAAAAACUUUGUAAACAGAGAUAACAUUCACAUACUAUCAUUCUUGGAAGCAAUCACAGUACAAGCUGUUGUCCCUGGACAAAGAUGGCAGAACUGCCUCAUUGGGCUCUCAAUUUUGAUUGAGAUCUCUCACCUUUUUUUUUUUUUUUUUCUUUCUGACGUUUGGCCCAAUAGAAAUUAAAGCGUUUGAUUUAACUUGUGCUCUUGUUUUAGCAAUAUGUAUUAUCAUAAUGCUUUUAAUUUUUGACAUAUUACCUUAAGGUCCUUUCCAAAGGUCCUCUUCCUUCAGCUGAGUCUGUGUGUGCAGUGUGACUGGAGUAUAGGUGAAUAGGACCCUCUGGCCCAGGGGCCAGGGGGUCGAUGUGGGUGGAUGUCAGUUAAAGGAUAUGUCUGAUCCAAAUAACCGAUGAAAUUGCUGUAUCUGUCUAUAAAGUUGAGGAAACACUCAAGAGAAGUGUUUGCCUCUGGUUAGAAAAAUUGUUUGAAUCAAGUCGAUGGCAGUCAGUUACAUUGUAUAUGGAAUAUUCUACCUGGCUUGUAACUGACUAGAACUGUGAUGUACAGAUGAUGUAUUAUUAAAAUCUGAAGCAAGUAAUGCAAUGAUAUUAGGAUACAGUUUUUGUAUUUUUAUUCUUGUAUAAGGUUAUUUGAUGGCUAUUGUUUAGCCUCUAGUUCAUUCUGUGUUAUUUAAAUUCUAAUAUAUGAAUCAUAUUUGGAUUGAAGUCAUGUUCAGGGGCCAUGUUGUGUAUGUAUUGAGAUGUAAAGCCUUUGAAUGUGAAUAAUUAUUGUAAACUAUAAUAUUUUACAGCUUUUUUCUUACUAUAUCAUACAUUUUCUAUUUGCUCAGUGAUUUAAUCAUAUUCUGAUAAUUUAAUGAAUCUGUUCAUUCUCUCUCUGAUUAUUUGUGCGCUAGGUCAGUAGAUGUUGAAUGAUGAAUUUUCCACUUAAUGCUUGGUAGUCCGGUAAUUAAAGCAUGUAGGGAUUUAGGCAUACAAAUAAAGCCACGUGUCCUGUCUUCUGUUAACAACCAGUCAUGACACAGUGAAAGCAGCAGCAUCCAGUGGCAAUGGCAUCUCAUAUUUUGCAGCAUGUAAAUAAAGUACCGGCCCACUA